AUGAGUUACUGGCUCUCCUCUACUAAUGCUAAAGAGAUAGGUACGCUUUAUCUAAUUUUUGCAGUAUUUGCUGGUAUGAUAGGUACUGCUUUUUCUGUUUUAAUUAGAUUAGAAUUAUCUAGUCCUGGAGUUCAAAUAUUACAAGGUGAUCACCAAUUAUUUAACGUUAUAAUAACU